UGUUCGCUGCCAGUCUGGAAUAACUGCAGCAAGCACAUUUAAAUAGGCUUCAAGGGCGUAUUUUGGCUCUCCUGCUGCAAAUUACGUACUCGGCCAUGGCCCCAGCUGUGUGGGCGGUGCUCCGGGUGCUAUCCCGCGAGGGAGUCGGCGUGUUGAAAUCAAACGUACCUGCCAGCAGCAGAGUAGUUCCUGGGUGGCAGAGGCCUUCUGUGACGAGCGGCUGCAGACGGAUAUCCAGCGAGGUGAGACGCGCACAGGCUGCAGUCAGGAUGCCCGAGAUCACCACGGACCACCUGGACGAGAAGCAGGUCCAGCUGCUCGCAGAGAUGUGCAUCCUCAUCGACGAGGACGACCAGAAGAUCGGAGCGGACACCAAGAAAAACUGCCACCUCAACGCCAACAUCGACAAAGGUUUGCUGCACAGAGCCUUCAGCGUCUUCCUGUUCAACAGCGAGGAGAAGCUGCUCCUGCAGCAGAGAUCCGACGCCAAAAUCACCUUCCCAGGCUGCUUCACGAACACAUGCUGCAGCCAUCCUCUGCACACGGACAGCGAGCUGGAGGAGAGGGACGCGCUGGGCGUGAGGAAGGCCGCCCAGAGGAGACUCCAGGCUGAACUGGGAAUCCCCCUGGAGCAGGUGCCGCCAGAGGAGAUGACGUACCUGACGCGAAUCCACUACAAAGCGCAGUCCGACGGGGUGUGGGGAGAACACGAGAUCGAUUAUAUUCUCUUCAUGCAGAAGGACGUGGAGUUGAGUCCAGACCCCAACGAGAUAAAGAGCCACUGCUACGUGAGCAAAGAGGAGCUCAAAGCGAUGCUGGACAAGGCCGAGCGGAAGGAGCUGGACGUAACGCCUUGGUUCGGCCUCAUCGCAAACACUUUCCUCUUCAAGUGGUGGGACAACCUGCACAACCUGAAACGGUUCAUGGAUCACAGCAACAUCCACCGCAUGUGACCACGGCGACGGAGAUUGUGUAACAGUGUUGAGGGGGUCUUCAAAGAGUCCUGAAUGUAAUCUGCUGUUGCCCACGGCGGCGGCGGCGUUUUCCUUCAGGAGAAGGCUCGAGGAACUGAGUCGGUCUGGACAGAAAGUAGUGCUGGCACGCUGAACAAUGAGUGAAUACAAAACUGCUAACGUUUCUUGGGUUACAAGAAUGCAAUGUAGCCGUCAUCUAAUCAGAAGUAGAUUAUUUUUGUAUGGAAAAAGUUCAAGUGCCUGAUUAAUGGUGUCAGUAGCUGUAAUAAAUCUCUAUCUUGUUUUACAGUGAUAUCAGUGAACAAGAUGUGUCCUUGUACAUUUUUACACAAUUAAAUGAUUUUGAGCACUGA